GAAAACUGACCUGCAGACAUCUCGCAAAUGGCAUGAACACUGCUGCAGGUGAGGUGGCGGGGAGUGGCAGUACUGUCCUUGUUCUGCUUUGGAGCCACCCACACAACAUCCCGGUACCAAUACCGCGGCCCUAAAUCUGGUAGAACAUCCUCAGUGGCCACUCGAACACGCGUCGAGCCUCGUGCUAUCGAUCAGUCCGCUUCCCUACCAACGCGCUCCUCCCUAGUAUUUAUGGCUGCCAGAUGCGUUCAGACGCGGCCAUCUCGCUCGUGCAGGGCCUACGUUCCUGCCAAGAUUUACACCGCCCCGGAUGUACGCCACGAUUUCGCAAGUCCCGCAGUCAUCCACCUCUCCCGUUCUAGCCCCGUCCAUGGAGCCUCUACAUCUUCACGCGCCGAAACCGAGCUCGCAGCCGAACGAUCUAAGGAGAGCCUUGAUGGCGUGGAAGUAUGACUCUGCCGAGAGCUCGCGUACUCUCGAUCAUACCGUGCACGUCCCUGAGGCGACAACGUCGUAUACCGCAGAGCCGCUACUCCACGCUGCGCCACACUCAGACGCACGGUCGCGCCUCGACGAAUGGACCGGAGCUGCCUUAAUGAUUCAGAUCAAGAUGCUUCGAUCGAAGUUGACGUACUUCCGCACGCUGCUUGAUUAUGCGACCUUGGAUGCAGAACAAAGAGCUGCGUUGCAAGAAGUCGCCAUGGAUUUGCGCACGACAGUGGACGCGCUUUCGGCCAAGAAUAUCGGGCGCGAUGUCCAAGACAUCACGGACAUGUCCAUCUCCUCGUCCGGAAGCGGGUCAUUCUCGGAAGACGCCAUGUACUUGCCUCCGAAUUAUAGCCUGGAGGCGGCACUUCUCUCUGGCGGUGCCCCGCUGCUGGACGGCGGUCACAUCCCGCAAUAUUACGGUUCACCCGAAUCAACCCAAGGCACGCUCUACGACCAAACUGCGAUGCAGGCGUUCAGCGCAGGAGAUGUCGGCACCAGCUACACGUACACAAUGCCUCAAGGUCAGGUCUCUAGCAGUGUAGGCGGCGUUCUCAGCAACUCUGGGGUGUCUUCCUAUGUGCCGCAGGGUACGGAGUGGUACCCCGAUUACCGUGACCCACGAUGGACGAACGCCCCCCACGACGACUCAAGCUCGGAGUGCAACACCGUAGCGACCCCCGCGCUCGCAGGCCCUAGCGCGGCGCUGCCGAUUUACGACGACGGGGCGAACACGAUGAGUAUCUCGAGCGAUUCUAACGGGGCGGCGCCAUUCGCGCUAGUCCAUCCGAGCGCGCAGACACCUGAGUGUGGUGCGGUCCCGUCGACGCCGCCGCACUCCUGGUCAUCGGAUAUGUCGGAGUGCUCGAUUGCCGUAUAGCUUUCUUUCGCUUUAUGUUCGUCGCUCUUCCCAUCGUAUGCCUUGACAUGCUUCCUCCUUACUCGUAGGCGUAUGC